AUGAAUGAGGUGCCUGGCCCACAGGCCUCCCAGUACAAAAACAUUCCGCCCUCUCGUCACUCCCAGUGCUGCGCGCCCAAUCAGGCCGUGGUUUCGCCCAUGGAGCCGUGCCGGGGCGGUGGUGUAAAAACCUGGAGAGAGGCCUUUGACUGGCACAUUAAAGAGGAAGAAGAUGUCAUAACUGUCAUGAUUGAAGGAUUAAAGAUGGAGCUCAACAUUAACCUGAGAUUCAACACACUUCUCCUGGUAUGCAGCAGCAUUUGUCUCACUUUCACUGGAGCCUCAGAGAUCGAGCGGGGGCUCCAUCAGAGAAUAUUCCAGAACUACAACAUGAAAGUCAGACCUGCUCGGUACUGGGAGGACAAGGUGACAGUCCGCAUCGGGAUGACCCUCUCUCAACUCGUCAGCUUGAAUGAGAAGAACGGUGAGAUGACAACCAACGUGUUCAUGAAUCUGGCCUGGACAGACUACAGGUUGUCAUGGAACCCGGAGGAAUAUGACAACAUUGAUGUCCUGAGGAUUCCUGCCAACAAGGUGUGGCGCCCCGACAUCUACCUCAUAAACAAUAAUGACGGUCAGUUUGACGUGGCCUUGUACGUCAACGUCCUGGUUUACAGCGACGGGACGGUCAACUGGCUUCCUCCCGCCAUCUACCGCAGCUCCUGCUCCAUAGAGGUGGCGUACUUCCCGUUUGACUGGCAGAACUGCAGCAUGGUUUUCAGGUCCUACACCUAUGACGCCUCUGAGGUGGAGCUGCAGUACUUCCUGGAUGAGGAGGGCAAAGAGAUCCACGAGAUUGUUAUAGAUGAGAACGCUUUCACUGAGAGCGGCGAAUGGGCCAUCUGUCACAAGCCCUCGAGGAAGAACGUGAAGGAAGACCUGUAUGAGGACAUCACCUUCUAUCUCAUCAUAGAGAGGAAGCCUCUUUUCUACAUCAUCAACAUCAUCAUGCCCUGCAUCCUCACCAGCGUGCUCGCCAUAUUUGUCUUCUACCUGCCUCCCGGAGCAGGAGAGAAGAUGACUCUGUCCAUCUCCGUCCUCAUCGCUCUGACUGUCUUCAUGCUGCUGCUGGCUGACAGAGUCCCGGAGACCUCCCUCGCCAUCCCGAUCAUCGUCAACUACGUGAUGUUCACCAUGAUCCUGGUCACCUUCUCUGUCAUCCUGAGCGUGGUCGUCCUCAAUCUGCACCACCGCUCGCCCAGCACGCACAUCAUGCCCAACUGGGUCCGAAAGGUUUUCAUUCACUUCCUGCCCAAGUACAUCGGCAUGAUGAGGCCAAACCCAGAGGAACCAAUGUCAAAGGAGCCUGACGAUGACACGCCGAUACAAGGCUUCAACGGACGGCAGCCCGGAGGAGAGUACUUCUUUCGCAAGAUCAACCCUGAUCUCGUCAUGCCCUGGAGAGACAGGUGUGAGAGCACGGUGCAGCUCCAGCGGCUCCCGAACACUGACAGCUACUGUCUCAUCCUCCCUCCAAACCUGAAGUCGGCCAUCUCCGCAGUGACAUACAUGGCCGAGCAGCUGAAGAGGCAGGACACGGAUGACACGAUGACAGGAGACUGGCAGUUCAUUGCUCUGGUGGUGGAUCGUCUCUUCCUGUGGUUGUUUGUCAUCAUCACCACCCUGGGAACUCUGGCCAUGUUCUUAGACGCCAGCUUCAACUACACUCCCGAUGACCCCUUCCCAUAG